ACCUCUAACGCCGGUAUAAACAAACUAAAAUUGAUAAAUUAGUGAAAUUUACUAAAAAAAAGAUGAAGGAAAAAGAUCUGAAACGUGCUUAUAACAAUGUCUUGGCACAGGCUAUAUCCACCUCUAAGCAGUACCUAUUUGCGGGUAAUCUUUUUGGGGAUAUUUUUGUGCUCAGGAUUAACGAACUGGAAAAGGGUUCCGAGGAGCCUCCUGGCAAACUGAAGAUAUUCCCGCAGGGCAGCGGUGUGGACAUCAAUUACCUAGCCUUCCAUCGUGACUUUCUGAUAGUGGGUGCAGUGGGUCUUAUUUACGGAUUGGCAUGGAACGAGGAGGAGGAAUCCCUCGCCACCAAACGUUCCUGGGAGGUGAAGAUACCCAUGCAGGUGGAUGCCGUCGAAGUGCCCGAUGUAAACUCCAUGUGGCUGAACAAGGUGGACAACACAUUGUUUGCCGGCUGCGGCGAUGGUGUCAUCUACCAAGUGAGUCUGGAGGACGGACGCAUUCAGCGGGAGUACCGUGGUCACACGGACUAUGUGCAUAGCGUUGUGGGCAAUGCCAACGGCCAGAUUUUCUCCGGCGCAGAAGAUGGUACCGUGCGAGUUUGGAGCACCAAGCAGCAGGAACAGACCGCCUUGCUGGAGCCCCACAAGAAUCCCAACCUAUUGCGACCGGAUUGGGGCAAGUGGAUAGGAGCAGUGGCGGUCAACGACGAUUGGCUUCUUUGCGGCGGUGGACCCAAGGCAUCCAUUUACCACCUGCGCUCCCUGGAGUGCACCCGGGUCUUUGACUUUCCUGGUCGCGUGCAUUUGUGCGACUUUGUGGACGACUGUGUUUUAAUUGGCGGAGAGCACAACCAUGUACAGUCCUACACUCUAAAUGGAGUUCUCCAAGCCAAUAUUCCCGUGGAGCACACGGCCUGCUACUCCGCUGUCUGGCAAACAUCACCAAUUAAGCUAAUGUCCAUUGCCGGAUUUAGCAACAAGCUGCAUAUCCUCAAGGACUUUCGCUUCCUGGACAGCAAGAUUGAUCUUUACGGAAAUGUGCAGGGUGAAGAUGAAAAUCAGGAUGAUGACGAUGAGUUGAUCGAGGAACCGCUGAUAGUUGAAGCAGCUUGAUAAAGGUUAAAUAAAUCUAUUUUUGCUUAUAUAUACUUUAUAA